UUUCUAAACUGAUAACAAACGUCAAAUCUGUAGACUAAAAUUUCAUAGAUUUGAAUUAAUUUUGUUUAUUUUUAAAUUGUGUUUUAUCAAUAAAGUAUAAUUUCUUUCUUAGUUGCUGUGGAGUUCAUUUCUUUUAUGUUUCAUAUUCUCUUCUAGUCAUUGUUUUGGUUACCACUCCAUGUCACUCAGAUUUCUACGUAAAAUUCGAGUAUACUUCAAGACUAAACCGCCGAAGCAAAAUUGGUCAGAAACUUCCGGUCAUAGUUAUUGUACCAUUGAAGGAGAAAAAAUGGACGCAAUCAAAGCAAUGAAACGCCUAGGUUACGCCUUCAACAGUGAAGGUCAGUUGCGGAAAGUUGGUGUUGAUGGGCAAAUAACUGAGGAACCAUUCCAGUUUAAUGUUAGUAACCAGCACCAAGAGUGUCAGGCUCACUAUGAGGAACUUGGCAGUGCAGUCACCGAGUAUGUGUAUCAUCUGAUGGAAACUGAAAGGAACCUGACCAGGUUGCCAGUACCAAAAGACUCUAAUAAAGGCACAUUCAUCUUUGUGUCCAAAGAUUAUGAUCAGAAAGAUGUCUUAUUGAUUCUUAUUCACGGAUCUGGUGCUGUAAGAGCUGGGCAAUGGGCUAGAUCCCUCAUCAUUAAUGAUAAUUUAGACAUGGGAACCCAAUUACCUUACAUUAAAAGAGCCCAAGAAAAAGGUUAUGGGGUUAUGGUUUUAAAUCCAAAUGAUAACUUUUUAUCGAAUGGCCAAAAGAUUCCACACAGCAAUUCCGGAGAAGAGCAUACCAAUUAUGUAUGGAAUAACUAUGUGAAGAAUACAAAAGCAACUAAAAUAGCAAUAGUAGCUCAUAGCUAUGGAGGAGUACUGACUGUGACCUUGGCUGAUCAACUGAAGAGUGAGUUUGAGAAGAGAGUCAAGGCUAUAGCAUUUACGGAUUCAGUACAUGUGUACUCCAAUAUUGAAAUAACUAAGUAUAUGAAAGAGUCUGCUAGAAACUGGAUAUCAAGUCAGUCUCCAUUGGACACACCAAUGAACACUCCAGAUUAUGAUAUCCCUAGAGUUUCAGCUGGUCAUCAGAAGCAUGAAAUGACAUCAUAUUCAUGUAUGGAAUCAGUUUUCAAGUUUAUUGAUGAGAAAGUCUCGCUAUAGUUAAACACAAUGUUUAAUUAUAUACUGUUGUUAUAUGUAUAAGUGAACAUUUCAACAAGCAGCAUUUAAAUAAGAAUAUAUUUUAUGAUAAAAGAUAUUUAUUUUUAUUUUCUAUAUACAAAAAAUGGCUACAGCCAAAUAAAUAAAAGUUAUUUCUUCUUUCCUUUGUAGCAGUUUUUCAUCCAGUACUUUAGGUCUUGUUUGUUUGCUCUUACACCUAGUACAGCUGAUUUUGAGUUCACAUCCCUCAUGGCAAAAGGUGAGAAUCCAGCUGUGUAGUCAGGGUCCAUAGCAUUAGUUUUAUUUCUUGCCAAUUUUGUGGCAAAUCUCUUGUGGAUGUGUUGGUCUUCAGUCAAGAUUGGGUAUUGGAAGUGCUGCCCUCCUCUUGGUGUUGGAAGACUGAACUUCUUGCCCCGUGCUGUCAAUGGUUUCCGACCAUUGAUGUGAAUGUGCUGCACCCCAUCAUCAUCAAUACUUACACCGACUUUCUUCAAUGUGGAGUGUCCACAUUUAGGACAAAAUACUUUGGUCAUGACACUUGUGGUUUUGAAGCAUGUUGUGCACCUGAAGAUGAAUGUGCGUAAAUGUUUAAUGAUCCUGCCAUCUACAGAAGUCACAUUCAGACCUAUUUGUUUAAGUACAUUCUGCAUAGCAAAGUCAGAUGUUGUACAUGCCACUUCAACAGGCUUUACUUCAAAUUCUCCGAGUUCAAUUUCUUUCUUCUUCUCUGCAACAUUGCCUGGUGUGAUCCAGUCUCCACCAUCACUGUCACUGUCCGAGUUCUCCUCACUUUCAGACUCCUCUUCUUCCUCAGUAACCUUCACAAUGAUUUCAUCCACAUUUUCCUCUUUAAUGUCCAUAUUUUUUAUUUGUUCAGCAAUUUCUUCUGCUUCCAUUUCCUCCUCAUCAUUGCCAUUAUCGUCAUUGCUUGCAUUGUUGUCUGUUUGAGGAACAAUUUUAUCUACUGUGUUAACUUCUCCUGUUUCUUCAUCUGUCUUUUCAGAUGGUUCUCCUGUUUCUUGGUUAAUCUUUUCUGAAUCCUCUGUGGUGUUUCCAUUAGAGUUGUAGUUGGGUAAACCAGUAACUUUAACAACUUUCUGUGUUGUAGGCUCGGUUUUAAGAUGAUCAGUGCCUACUUUUUCUUUUUCCAGCUGAUAUGUAAGUGCCAUUACCUUAAUAUCUGUGGCUGAUAGACUACGAUAGUCACCAGUUUUUUUGGAGAAUUCGGUGACAAAUUUAAUAUUCUCAGUGAAUACAUCUUUGACAAUAAGAUCGUAUGGGAGCACUACAAGUUUUCUGCGUUGUCUGUCGUUCGUUAUUUCAUCAAUAACCUCUUGCACUGUGUAAACAUUUUCGGCAAUAUCUUGUAAACUAGCUGCCUUUAUAAAUGCGGUGGUGUCCACCACUAAAUGCUUAAUAUUCUUCGACAUUUUGUGGUAUUACAUUAGUAACUCACACUCAACAAAUCGUUUCAACUUCUUCCCUUCACGUGCUCGUGGUAAUUAUUUUGGCCAAAUUGUCAAAAUUUCUGUCAGCUCAGCUCAAUCAGCUCAUUGUCAAUAUGUCAAAUGAACGAA